AUGGAUAGCAACCGGAAGAGGAGAGUGUUGCACUGCAUCCAGAGAGCCCUGAUUCGGAGCCAGGAGCUGGGCGACCAACGAGAAGAUCCAAUUGUGAGGCAGAUGGUGGAGCUGGUGGAGAACAGGACCAAGCAGGUGGACAGUCACGUGGAACUCUUUGAGGCACACCAUCAGGUCAAUGACACCACUGGCCAUAGUGGCAAAGCUGGCCAGGAUAAGUGCAAGAACAAGACAAUCACACAGGGAGAAAAGCCAAAUAAUAAGAGGUCUCGGAGACAGUGCAACAGUGAAAAUGGGGAGAAUGCAGCCAAUAAUCACGACCAUGAUGAGAUCACCUCAGGAACGCCUAAGGAGAAGAAAGCAAAGGCCUCCAAGAAGAAGAAACACUCCAAGGCCAAAGCAGAGAGGGAAGCAUCCCCUGCAGACCUUCCCAUCGACCCGAAUGAGCUCACCUACUGUCUGUGCAAUCAGGUCUCCUAUGGAGAAAUGACCGGCUGUGGCAAUGACGAGUGCCCCAUCGAGUGGUUCCACUUCUCCUGUGUAGGACUGAAUCAUAAACCAAAGGGCAAGUGUUCCUGUCCCAGAUGUCGAGGGGAGAAUGAGUAAACAAUGGACAAAGCCCUGGAGAAAUCCAAAAAGGAGAGGGCUUAAUAACAGGUAGUUGGUGGACCUUGCUGAA